AUGGACGACGAGUCAUGGGUCCCGAUCCACCGCUCGAGCGAGUUCCAGCUACAUAACCUGCCCAUGGGUGUUUUCAAGACCCGCGAUCAGGAUGCCCGGAUUGGUGUGGCCAUCGGCGACUAUGUGCUGGAUAUGAAGCUGCUGGCAGAGGAAAAUGUCUUUUCCUCAUUGUCCUUUGACCAAGACACUCUCAAAACUAGCAGCUUGAAUCACUACGCCAGUCUGGGCCGGACAGUGCAUCGCCGUGUUCGAGGGUUUCUUGUCGAAUUGCUAGCUAAGGACACGAAACAUGGGCAUCUCUUGAGGAACGACGCGGAACGGCGAACAAAGUCAUUGCUGCUCAUGGAGACGGUCCAGAUGCUGCUGCCCUUCGAUAUUCCCAACUAUACAGAUUUCUUCGUUGGGGUGUAUCACGCUCAAAAUUGCGUCAACAUCGUCCGGCCCGGUAUAGGUCUGAACAGUAACUACUUCCAUCUCCCCAUCGCAUACCACGGGCGAGCGUCCUCGGUCGUGGUCUCUGAUACGCUGGUUCGACGCCCAAAGGGCCAAUACGUCACUGAAGAUGGGCUGGUCUUCGGCCCAACUCGCCAGAUGGACUUUGAAGUCGAAUUCGCCGCCUUUAUCGGCACGGAAACGCAGCUGGGAGACUCGAUCGACGUGAAUACGGCUGAAGAUCACAUUUUCGGCGUCGUGCUAGUGAAUGACUGGUCCGCACGCGACAUCCAGCGUUGGGAGUCUCCCUCGCUGGGCCCUUUCAAUGGCAAGAACUUCUGCACGACCGUGUCGCCUUGGGUGGUCAGUCUCGACGCCCUGGCGAAUUAUCGUGUCGAAACAGUGAGGAAGGUCAGUCUUGUGAAUUCGAUCAAAAAUUCCAACAAGUAG